CGUUGCAGUCCGAUUAAUUCCACUCCGACCGUGCUGGCGAGAGGACACAAGGCGCACAGCAAACGGUGACCACCACGAGUCAUAGCCACUGCGGGGGGACUGCUCCUUGCUCCUGAUCAACCUCAUAGCAUCCUUGGUGCACCGGCGUACAGUGGUAGCGGUAGUGGUGCAGUCGUCGUCCUAGUAACCACUGCGGUGUGCGAGUGCAUAGUGGUAGCGCGUUUGUGUGCAAGGAUUCAACGUAGCAAGCCGUACGAGUGUCAGAAGGAUAACGAACGAGGCAGAAAGCAAAAAAAGCAGAAAAGAAAAGAAAAGAAAUGGAAAAUCAAGCGUUUCGCGUUGGCAAAGGCGAAUCGCCCGUCGAUAAUAGCUCCGAUAUGUCGCAGAUGGAGUCGAACACAACGAUCGAAACGGAUAGCGACACGAAGACGAUCACGGGGCCAACCCGCGACAAGUGGGGGAAAGAUAUCGAGUUUAUGCUGUCGUGCAUCGCCUACUCCGUCGGGUUCGGUAACAUCUGGAAGUUCCCGUACACGGCGCUCAAGUGUGGUGGCGGUGCGUUCCUGCUGCCCUACCUGAUCGUCCUGUUCAUCGUGGGGCGUCCCAUCUACUACCUCGAGAUGGUGCUCGGCCAGUUCUCGAGCCGUGGUGUCGUCAAGCUGUACGAUCUGGCACCGGGGAUGCGCGGUAUCGGAGUAGCCCAGACGAUCGCCAUGUUUGUGGUCCUGACGUACUACGCCCCGGUACUGGCCAUUACGUUCCGCUAUCUGGUGGCCUCGUUCGCCAGCACACUACCCUGGAGCGUGUGUGAUCCUAGCUGGCCCGACUGUCUAAACUCCUCGUUCGUCGGCAACCUGAACAUCUCGAACGUCACGAACACGCUGAAAUCGUCCGCUGAGCUGUACUUUGAAAAGAACAUUACCCACAAGGCCCGGCUGGUAGAGGACGGGCUUGGUACGCCCGACUGGCGGUUAUCGCUGUGCUUGCUGUUUGCCUGGGUCGUCGUUGCUGCGAUACUAAUCCGGGGGGCGAAAAGCACCGGUAAAGCUUCCUACUUCCUGGCCAUCUUCCCCUACAUCAUCAUGGUGGUGCUGCUCAUCCAAACGCUCAUGCUGGAGGGUGCCUGGACCGGUAUCUGGUUCUUUUUCAAGCCCCAGUGGGAUAAGCUGCUUACGAUUGAGGUUUGGUACGAGGCCGUCACGCAGUGCUUCUUCUCGCUGUCCGUUUGCUACGGUGGUAUCGUCGCGUACUCAUCCUUUAACAAUUUCCGCAACAACGUGUACCGGGACGCCGUCAUUAUAUCCUGGCUCGACACGUUUACCUCCAUCAUUGCCGGGUGCAUCGUGUUCGGGGUGAUUGGUAAUUUGUCGCACACGAAUGGCCAGCACAUUCAGGACCUGGCAAAGGAUGGUCCGGGUCUAACCUUCAUUACGUACCCGGAUGCGAUCGCCAAGUUUCAGGUUGUGCCGCAGCUGUUUGCUGUCCUGUUUUUCCUGAUGCUGUUUAUCGUGGGAGUCGGCAGCAAUCUGGGUGUCACUACGAGCAUCAUCACCGCGAUCCGGGAUCAGCGUCCCGAGCUGAAGCAUUGGGUUGUGGUGGUUGCGAUUGCAACGAUCGGAUUUUUCCUCGGACUUAUCUACCUAACGCCCGGUGGCUUUGAGUUUCUUGAUGUUGUGGAUGGUUUCGGGGCCAAGUACAUUUCACUCACGUUCGCCGUGCUCGAGCUGGUGACCGUUGCGUGGAUUUACGGUGUCGAUCGGAUCUGUCGCGACAUUCGGUACAUGUUGGACAGGAGCACUUCGCUCUACUGGCGGUUGUGCUGGGGUUUGAUCGCUCCGCUUGCCACAAUGAUCAUUCUCGUGUACAGCUUCAUCCACUUUCAGCUUCCAAAGGUUCCGGUGGGGUACAAUGCUUUUGGAUUCAGUAUUUUCAUAAUUGCCGCGCUGCAGCUACCUGCCUGGUACGUGUACGCCAUUUACUGCCGGCGGCUCCGCCACGAUGAAUCGCUACGGAAAGCAGCAUGGAACGUACUGAAACCGUUGGCCAACUGGGGCCCGGAGAAUGACAGUCUGCGGGCGAUCUAUCGCACCGAGGAGGAACAGGCUCAGGUUAAAGAGGUGUACCCACCGAGCGUAGGCCAGCGCCUCCGGAAGCGUAUGUUUAACAUGAACUGAACGGGCGACCGCUUCGGUAGUCCGUUCUCUUUGUAAAUCAGAAUCGACUAAAAAAAAAGUUUAGUUAGUUUUAGUCAGGGAGUUUUUCUUUAUCCUAGAAAUAAGUAGCUGCGAUGUAUUAGCCAGCGUUUAGUCCAAUUGCACUAUAGCGUGUGUGUUCAGAUUGUAACCGAUAAGUUUGGAAAUCUCUAUUUAUCGAAAUCAUUGUAAAGUGCACUGCUGAAGUAAGGCAUAGAGCAUUUAUGUCGUUCGUUCGUUCGCCACUCGUUCAUUUCUCACUUUCUCACCCUAUUCUGCUCGCAUAAAUUUCGUUUCUCUGCUCGGUAACAGUGCAGGGAGGUGUUAGAGGACGGAAAAAAGCAUUCCAAAUGUUUACUUCUUUGGCGCUGUUGCUCUGGAAAUUUAAUAUCCCAUCCACCCCACCCCGCAAAACUGCUAACACUAGAAUACUGAUCUCUGAAUUGAUGCAAAAGUAGACCUUAUUCUCCUUAAUCAUUUGUUUUUUUUUUUAUGGUGACUAAAACAAGCUUUAUAUAGUGACAACAUUCGAUAAAGGUUAUUUAAUAAAAAGAAACCAUAAUAAAUCA